AUGACGAUACCUUUCAAAAUACUCGUCUCCGAUCUAGACUUUUGUCUAGAGCAACUAUUAGAUCACAAACCACCAAAGAUCUUGCCAUCUGAAACCAUUCAACAACUAUGUCAUAUGCUCAAAACACAGCUAUUGGCUGCCCCCAAUAUUUUAUCACUACAAUCUCCCAUUUCUGUUGUUGGGGACAUACAUGGUCAGUAUCAUGAUAUGUUGGAAAUUUUCAAAAUCAGUGGGUCACCUCCCAACACUAAUUAUCUUUUCUUGGGAGAUUAUGUCGAUCGUGGAUACUAUUCGGUAGAGACUAUUUCAUUACUAUUGGUGUUGACACUUCGAUACCCCAACAGAGUAAGCCUAAUAAGAGGUAAUCAUGAGUCUAGAACAAUAACUACAAAUUAUGGCUUUUACACCGAGGUACUAAACAAGUAUAAUGGAUCUGCCGACGUGUGGUCAUACAUCACUGACUUGUUUGACUAUUUGCCACUAGGGGCUACAAUUGAUGGGACAAUAUUUGCGUGUCAUGGGGGUUUAUCGCCGAGCUGUCAACAGUUGGACCAAAUUAGAGCGAUAGAUAGAUUUCGCGAGAUUCCCCAUGAUGGUAUAAUGGCUGAUUUGGUUUGGUCCGAUCCCGAUGUUGAGAUUACCGACUUCAAAUUGAGUCCGAGAGGCGCUGGCUACCUCUUUGGAAGCGAUAUAAUGGACAAGUUUUGCAACGAUAAUCAGUUGUCCCAAAUGAUUAGGGCACACCAGUUGUGCAACGAGGGGUAUACUAGCUACUGGAAAGGAAAAUGUUUGACGGUGUGGUCUGCACCAAAUUAUUGUUACCGAUGUGGUAACAAAGCAAGUGUAUUGGAGAUCCUACAUACAAAUUAUGGGACCAAAAUCACUGAUGAUAAAGAAACAGUUGAUGUCAGUAAUUCAACAAAGCACCCUUCAUUUAAAUCCACUAUACAAGCCAAACAAGGUGUAUUGCCAGGACAAUUCUUUAAUGUUUUUGAGGCAUCGACUGAGAAUGAUGAAGAUACCUUAAAUGGAAGAGGCGUGAAUGGGAUCAAUUUGUCGGAUAGAGAAAAUGCCGACACUGACUUUUUCGCUGCAUACUUUCAAAAACGUCCCAAACGGCAACACGUUGAUUAUUUUUUAUAA